AUGGCUUAUAAUCACGAUUAUUAGGAUCUCUUACCAGAUGAACAGGAGGAAUUCACUCUGAAAAUGCCUGUCAAGAAUCAUUUGAGCAGGUUGGAUGUAAGUCAGUCUGCUAAAAGUAGCUAUUAUUGCAAUAACAAAUGGAUGAUUUGGACAUGACAAAGAAGGACAAAGAGCAACUGCGUAAUAAUUUAAUUGAGUUGUCUCAAAAGACCACUGAUUCAUUUGAUGAAGCUAAUUCAUAUUUGAAUGAUGAAUAUCGAAGAUUAAUGCAGGAGUUUCAUGAACAAAAUGCAUUGCAAUUGGAACAACAUCAAUUCCUUAAACAAUAAGUAGAUUAGAUCAAUUAAGACAGAAUUAAAUUACAACAAAAUACUAUUGUACUUGAGAAUAGAGUUUAAGAUGCAGAAAAAGAACUAGGAUUUGUUUGA